UAGGCAAAGCCUUGUUACGCCCUCAGGACAGCAAUACCCCCCACCCGGGAGCCUUGAGCCGCUGUUGUUCAGGUCCCCUCAGCUCGCUCGCUGGCCGUUGUUGUUGCAACACACACCCCUCCGCCUUGCAGACCCCCACCACCGCUUGACCGACGUAUCCCCCUUUCCCCCCAGGCACCAUGUCUGAAUUUCCAGAGAUAGAGAACGGCAAGAUCUCCUUCAAGGGGAGGACCGCCAUCGUGUCCGGCGCCGGCAAUGGUCUUGGACGAGCAUACGCCAUCAUGCUUGCCCAGCGCGGCUGCAAGGUCCUCGUCAACGACUUGGGCCCCAGCAUGACCGACAAGUCGCGGAAGGCAGCCGAUGUCGUCGUUGAAGAGAUCAAGAAGGCUGGCGGUGAGGCUGUCGCCAACUACGAUUCUAAUGUCGAAGGCCACAAGUUGGUCAAGCAGGCCAUCGACACGUGGGGCCGCAUCGACAUUGUCAUCAACAAUGCCGGCAUCCUCCGCGACAAGUCCUUCAAGAGCAUGACCGACGCAGAGUUUGACGCCAUCGUCGCUGUGCAUAUCACCGGCUCCUACGCAAUCGCCCAUGCAGCUUGGCCAUACAUGAGGAAGCAGAAGUACGGCCGCAUCAUUAACAUUUCUUCCGCUGCCGGCAUCUACGGCAACUUUGGUCAGGCCAACUACUCGGCUGCCAAGCUGGCCAUGAACUCUUUCUCGAAGACGCUCGCCAUCGAGGGAGCAAAGUACAACAUCAUCGCCAACACAGUCGCACCGAUCGCUGCGUCGCAGAUGCUCGCGACGAUCAUGCCUCCCGAAGUGCUUGAGCAGCUCAAGCCCGAAUUUGUCUCGCCGCUUGUCGCUUACCUCGUCUCAGCAGCCAACAAGGACGUCACCGGCCAGCUCGUCGAGGCCGGUGCCGGCUUCAUGGCCGGCCUGCGCCGCGAGCGCUCCAAGGGCGCCGUCUUCCGCGCCGACGACACAUUCACUCCAUCAGCAGUGCGCGCGCGUAUCGAUGAGAUCCUCAACUUUGAGAAUGACCCCCAGUACCCCGAGAAGCUUACUGAUGCCAACCAUCUUGAGUUCCUCGAGCGCGCCAAAGGCGCCAAGGCCAACGACCAGGGCGAUGUUAAGGUCCGUUAUGACGGCAAGACUGUGCUCGUCACCGGCGCCGGCGCCGGCCUCGGAAAGGCAUACGCGCUCAUGUUCGCCAAGCUCGGCGCCAACGUCGUUGUCAAUGACUUUUCCGAGAAAGCCGCAGCGGCUGUCGUGGAGGAGAUCAAAAAGGCCGGCGGAAAGGCUGCGCCCGCAAUCGGCUCCGUCGAGGAUGGUGCCAAGAUCGUCAAGGCGGCGACCGACGCGUACGGCGGGCUGCACGUCAUCAUCAACAACGCCGGCAUCCUGCGCGACAAGUCGUUCGCCAGCAUGAACGACGACGACUGGCACGCGGUCGUCAAGGUACACUUACGCGGAACGUACGCAGUGUGCAAAGCUGCCUGGCCCAUCUUCCUGCAGCAAAAGUACGGCAGAAUCGUCAACACGACCUCCGCCGUUGGCAUCUACGGAAACUUUGGCCAGGCCAACUACUCAGCAGCUAAGGGCGCUAUCCUCGGCCUAACGCAGACGCUCGCGAUCGAGGGGAAAAAGUAUAAUAUCCUCGCCAACACCAUCGCGCCCAACGCUGGCACGGCCAUGACCGCAACCAUUUGGCCGCAGGAGAUGGUGGACGCGUUCAAACCGGACUUUGUCGCGCCCGUCGUCGGCUUCCUCGCAUCUGAGGCUAACACGGAGGUGAGCAAACAACUUUUCGAGGUCUCCGGCGGCUGGGUCGCCGCCGUGCGCUGGCAGCGCUCUGGCGGGCAUGCUUUCAGUCACGCCAAGAUCCCGCAGCCAGAGGCGGUGCAGAGGAAGAUCGGAAGGAUCUUAGACUUUGACUCCGAGCGCGCCUCGUGGCCCCAGGACAACCAGGAGGCUAUGCAGCAGGUCAUGGCUAACAUUGGCCAGGAGGGUGAGGGUGACGAUGAUGGUGACGAUGAUGGAGACCACAUCGACCCCGAGGACCCGGCCAUUGUCAAGGAGGCCAAGAAGCAAAAGGUCGAGUCGACCGAGUUUGCCUACUCGGAGCGCGACGUCAUCCUUUACAACCUCGGCCUCGGCGCCAAAGCGACCGACCUCAACUUGACGUACGAACAGGCCGACGACUUCCAUGCACUUCCCACUUUUGGCGUCAUCCCGCAAUUUGCAGCCAGCUCAUCGAUCCCGCUCGACUGGCUCCCCAACUUCUCGCCAAUGAUGCUCCUGCACGGCGAGCAGUACCUUGCGAUCAAGAAACCUAUCCCCACGUCCGCCACGCUCGUCAACAAGCCGCGCCUACUCGAGGUGCUCGACAAGGGCAAGGCCGCCGCCGUCACAACGGUCACGCACACCGUCGAUAAGGAGAGCGGUGAUGUCAUCUUUGAGAACCAGAGCACCGUUUUCAUCCGCGGCGCCGGAGGCUUUGGCGGAAAGAAGAACGGUAAGGAUCGCGGAGACGCCACAGCACUCAACAAGCCACCCACCCGAAAGCCCGACGCAGUCAUCGAGGAGAAGACUAGCGAGGACCAGGCGGCGCUGUACCGGCUCAGCGGCGACUACAACCCGUUGCACAUCGACCCCGAGUUCAGCAAGGUCGGUGGCUUCGAGAGGCCGAUCCUGCACGGGCUCUGCUUCUUUGGCAUCAGUGGAAAGCACGUGUUCCAGAAGUACGGCGCGUUCAGCAGCAUCAAAGUCCGCUUCGCGUCCACAGUCCUACCCGGGCAGACGCUCGUCACGGAGAUGUGGAAGGAGGGGAACAAGGUCAUAUUCCAAAGCAAAGUUAAGGAGUCCGGCAGUAUCGUCCUCAGCAACGCGGCAUGCACGUUCUCUUCGUGAGAGAAGCCCGCGCGUCGUUUUCUGGCCACAUCAAUGUCAAUGUGUAGUGAGGGGUGGUCUUGAGGUUGUUCAAUGUAAUUCCUAUACAGAUCGUUUCCAUUGCGU